AUGGCUCCCAAUCUCCCGAUCGACGAAGCCCACUUGGUGGCAUCGUUCAUGGAAGACGUUGCGUAUGGGAUAUUUCUGGUGUCGUUCGGUUUCUGUAUCCGCGUGCUCCUGUUCACGAAGGCCGGCACGUUGAAACAGACGAAGCGAAUCAACUGGCCCGUGCUUGCCGCCACGCUGCUCAUGGCCACCUUCGCGACGCUCAACGUCUCUUUCGACCUGCGGUUCAACAUCGUGUCUUUCGUGCUCUACACCGGACCUGGCGGCGCCAAGGUCGCGUUUUCCAGGAUCGGGGAGUGGGUCAACGUCAUGAAAUCGGUGGACUACGUCGUGCAGACGCUCAUCGGCGACGGCAUGCUGAUGUACCGCACGUACUUUGUAUACAACAAGGACUGGCGGGUCGUCGCGUUCCCGAUGCUCAUGUGGGCAGGAUGCAUAGCGGCCGGCGUCUGCGUCGCGUGGGUCGAGAUUAUGCUCCAUAACGGCGCGACGCUCACGGAAUCGAGGCUGACGCACGUCAUCACCGCGUUCCUCGCGCUCACGCUGAUCCUCAACCUCAUAUGCACCUCGCUCAUUGUGUACAGGCUGUGGAGGAUCCACUCGCAGGUCGCUCCCACCCUGGCGCGGCCGAGCACGACGGCCCACGCCAUCCGCGUGAUCGUCGACUCCGGGCUGAUCUACACGACAUGGGUGGUCAUGUUCUUCGGAACGUCCCUGGCACACAGCAACGGCCAAUACGGAGUGUCCGAGACGGUUGUCCAAGUUAUCCCGAUCACGUUCAACCUCAUCACGAUCCGUGUCGGCCGCGGCAUCGCGACGGGCGUGCCGAGCACCGUGCUACAGCCGGCGAACAGGAUACCGCUGCGGAUCGUGAAGGAGGAGAGUCAGUACAGGCACACGGACAUGUCCGGCGGCGAGGAGGCGGCCGAGGGGACGGCGGCGUUCGCGGAUGUGUCGGGCAAGCGGGAAGCGGCGUCGAUGGUCCUGCAAUUGGUUCAGAAUCAGGCUGAUGUCUUCUUCGCCUUCCUGGCCCUUGAGGUAGAGGGCCUACAGCAGCCAGCUGUUGAGCCAGGUGAGGUGGCAUCUAUGUGA